CUCUUUCACAAUAUCAACGUCUUCAACAAACGAACCACCUCCAAAGAAGACAUAAUCAUACACAUCAAAAAUGGCAACAGCCCUCAUAGUCCUCGACGUCCAAACCGGCACCGUCCCCAAAGUCCCCGCCGCCACAUCCCCAACCUACCUCCCCACCCUCUCCAACACAAUAUCCCACGCCCGCACCGCCGGCGUCAAAAUAAUCUUCAUCCGCGUCUGUUUCCGGCCCUCUUACCCCGAGAUCUCGACCUCGAACCCCAUGUUCGCCAAACUAAUCGACUCGAACAUGUACCUAGAAGGCACCCCGGAAGUAGAGAUCCACCCGGCGCUCGGCUGCGAUGUGUCAAAGGGGGACAUCAUCGUGAAUAAGAGGAGGAUUAGCGGGUUUGCGGGGAGUGAUUUGGAGGUGCUGUUGAGGGGAAUGAGGGUGCAGAAGGUGGUUUUGGCGGGGUUGGUGACGAGUGGGACGGUGUUGGGGACGGCGUAUGAGGCGAGUGAUAGGGAUUUUGGGGUUACGGUUCUGAGGGAUUUGUGUAAGGAUCGUGAGGAGGAGUUGAAUGAGAUUGUGCUUGAGAAGGUGUUGGCGAAGGUGGCGAUCGUGCAGAGUUCUGAGGAGUGGCUUAAGGGGUUGGUUUAAGAAAAGGGGUGGGAGAGAGUUUUUGGGGGGAACUGUUGUGAAGGAACUGAGUUUGCUUUAAUUAGGGAGUAAAGAAUUUAUAG